UCACUGCUAUCUGUAUUUAGUUUUAACGUAAUUAUACAUACUCUUAAAUGUUAUUUGUAAUAUUACCAUAAUGCACAUAUCAUCAUUUCCUCUGUAAAAUAGAAUUUUCUUCUACCUCUUAUAAUGGGAAUACAAACUUAUAGAAAAUACAUAUACUAUUUGAAAUCAACAGGAAUAUGUAUUGUUAUGAUGGGCGGUUGUUGGGUUUUGUACCAAUUGAGACAAAUAACUCAAAUUUUACAGUCUACUGUGCCCACCAAUGUUUUGAAUCUAGAGCAUGCUCAUGCACAAUACAUAUAUGUUGAUGAUCCUAGAUUUAAAGAUAUACUUAAUAAGACUGAAAGUUUACAAUCAUCUGUGCCAAAGCAACAUGUUGCUUUCAGUGAUGCUAUAAUGAAGUGGUGGAAAGCAGUGAACCAUAACAUGACAUACAAGUUAUUGCAUAUGGCUCAACAUGGAAAUGAAUCAGAACGCUUAAGAGCUCUGUAUACUCUGAAUUCUACGAAACAUUUAAAAGAUUGGCAUUAUCAACACAUUGCACAAAUGUUAGAUGCAAGAACUGCAGUAUCUAUUGCAAGACUACCAAAUGUUGAUUUAAGAUUCUUUUUAAAACCACCAUAUUCUCAUACGAAGCAUAAGUUACAUGAUGUAAUAGAAAGGAUACAUCAAUUACUACUUGAAUUGAGUAGAUUAUGUGAACAUACACAUCCGUGUCUUAUUCAAUUUCUUAAUAAAAAGUUUAAAGAUACAUACUCUGAUAGUAUGAUACUUGAUCACGAUUUAACAAGCUUAGGAUUGGUUGUUGCACCAGAUGUAGUAUGGGAUCAAGAACUAUUACAGAAUUGUGUUCAAGCAUUAUGUCAUCAUUCUUGUCUUGAAGAAUACAGUAAAGAUAUCGCUGAUGUUGGUGGUCUUCCAGUAUUAAUGAUAAUAAAAAAAUUUUUUCAAAACAACAUUAAUAUAUGUAUAUUACUUGCAAAAAUAAUUUCCAAUAUUUCACUUCAUUCGGAAUAUUUAGAACAGUUUUUUCAAGCAGGCUGGAUUGGUACAUUAGUAGAAUGGUCUCAAAAUUCUGAUAUACGAUUAUCCGCUCCUGCGAGUCGGGCACUAGCAAAUUUAGACAUGGACGAAAAUAAGGAUGUCAAGUAUCCAAGACGAAUUUAUCUUCUUCAUCCUUUAAACAAAAUUAGAGGAAAAAUAAAGAUGGAUGUUGUUUUUCUACAUGGACUUCUUGGUGGUGUAUUUGUAACAUGGAGACAGAGGGAUAUAGAUACAUCUACACUAGGAGUUGUAGAUUCUUAUACCAUACCAGAUGGUAUUGAGACUGUUGCAAGUUUGAUGGAUGAUCAGUCACCGGAAUUUCUAAAAGAUUUGGCUUAUGACUUCAGAAAACACGAGUGGGAUAAAAUAGGACAAGAUUUUGAAAUAAUUUUAGAUGAUUGUCCUCAAAAUUCUAAUGCCAAAUCAUCUGGACCAUUUUUUCAUAAAGGGAAUGAUAUUUGCACAAAGAAAUAUGAAUAUGAUAAACAGCACAGAACUCAGUGUUGGCCUAAGGAUUGGUUACCAAAGGAUAUUCCAUCUCUUCGAGUUAUCGGAAUAAAUUAUGAUACAAACUUAUCAAUGUGGACUCCGUCGUGUCCGAUAGACGGAAUACAAACCACUAUGAAUGAAAGAAGCGCAGAAUAUGUGAAGAAACUGUUGACUGCAGGCAUUGGGAAACGACCUAUGAUUUGGGUAUGCCAUUCAAUGGGUGGCUUAUUAGUUAAACAAAUGCUUAUUAAUGAAUGGAAAAAUGGCGACAAAAAUAAUAUAUGUAAAAAUACUCGGGGUAUAGUGUUUUAUAGUACUCCACACCGAGGUUCUCGCGUAGCAGCUUUAAAACAGACAGUACAAAUGCUAGUGUGGCCAUCAGUAGAAGUGCAAGAACUUCGUGAAGAGUCACCACAUUUAUUAGAAUUACAUCAAGAAUUCCUUGAUAUGUUGAAGCAAUUUCCUAUGGAGGUUGUAAGUUUCAGUGAAACUAAAUCUACAUUAAUAACUGCGUUAAAAGUUCCGUUUCAGUUUGUUACUUCCAAUUCGGCAGAUCCUGGAAUAGGAGAGUUUUAUGAAAUUGCACAAGAUCACUUAUCGAUAUGUAAACCAGCUAGCAGAUAUUCCUUUCUGUACCAAAAGCUUUUAAGUAUGAUAAAACAUCAUGUAACUCCUCACGAGGAAAACAAAUUUUCUUCAAUUAUGGAACUGGUCUCAUUAUCAAAAAGAUUAUUUUAAUUCUGGGCAUAUUUGCAUAUUUUUCUACAUGAUCACAGAAAGGUACACGGAGAUUAUGUAUCUAUUUAUGAAAAGAUUUAUUUUUAUAUAAUUAAUUACUAAUUAAUACUCUGCAACAGAAACAGUUAAAUAAACAUGGAAGAAGUAUAUUUUUCUUUUUUUUUUUGUUUAAUAACAAUAGUUCCAAUUUAGAGUGAACAUGUUUAUAUUACAAAAAUAUUAAGUAUUUUCAAGUACUCCAUUUACGUUAUUGAUUUAUUUCUUUGACUAGAAUAAAUAAUAUAAUUUCUCAGUAAAAAAUAAUAAUUUUUUUUUAAACGAACCAUGAAAUGUUUGCUCAACAUAGGGUAACGAUAAUAUAGAAUACUAUACAUUAAAGUGUAUGAAAUCCUACAUGUACAAGUAUAAUUAUUUCAUGAUGUGAUACUUUCUUUGUUGUUUAAAUAAAAUACACAUGCCACUGCGAAAUAA